UCCUCGGGCCGGAUACUUUCCAUCCUUCCAGUUUAUUUCUGUCUUCUUCACUCAUAACAAUGCUCCAUGAAUAUCAUCCAAUGGCUGAGAAGAGUGGUCGAUGACCAAUGUAUCAACGAUGGCCGAGCUUGCUGUGUUAAUUAUUCAAGAUGAUGCACUCCCUACUAACGAGCUAGUUCAUUAGUACAUACGACCUUUCAGAUGCCUUCAGCGGGGUUCUUGAUAUACUCCGGCGUGAUGCCCCUUGUCAAGACGUUGUUGUCCAUCGUCGUGGGCUUUAUUCUAGCGCGCAAAGACUUCUUCCCAGUCUCUGCAACACGAGGGACAUCGCACAUCGUCAUGAACGUUUCGUUACCUAUGUUGGUUUUUGCCAAUAUUGUACCUGCAUUCACACCCAGUAACAUAGCUUCUAUCGGCCCGCUCUUCCUUGUCGCCUUUGUGUACCAGGCCAUGGGGUUUUUCUUCGGAAUCAUCAUUCGCGAAGUUUGCUAUGUUCCUCGCAAUUUUUGGCAAGGCAUAGUCGUUUUGACCGGGAUGAGCAACUGGGGCAAUCUUCCCAAUGCCAUUGUCCUGAGUGUAACUCAACAGCCGCCGUUCAAUCCCGAUACAGAUUCAGCCUUGGGCGUGUCCUACGUGGCCGUUUUCAUCGUGUCAUAUCAGCUGGUCUUCUGGGUAUUCGGAGCAGCGCACUCACUAUCAUGGGACUAUUUACCAGGAAUACCCCAAGGACAAGAUGCAGAGGUGCAUCUUCGAUGGUCAGAGAAACCUGUCGCAUCGUUGUUGCGUCGCGUUGCCAGGACAUUCCAGCGUCGGAGUUCGUGGUUUUCGCGAAACCGCUGUGAGCAGACUGUUGGUGACGAUGAUCCUCGUGGAGAAACUGGUACCGUCUUAGAUGAACUCAAUACUCCCGACUUCGGCGGACUAGAAGCAUCUCCUGAUGUCUUGUCUACUUCCAGGGACAGUGGUCUUGAUCUCAAUCGUGAUACACCUAGCGAAGUUGUUGGGAGAUCCUCUUCUAAGAAAGGUGGCAUGUCUCGUUUGCUUCGCACACUACUUUCACUUCUCACACCAGUCACGAUAUCGCUCUUCGUUUCACUUCCAAUCGCUCUGGUGCAGCCUCUGAAGGCAUUGUUUGUCGAUUCACCUGCGGCAGAAAGCUUUCAUUGGAAGGCACCGGAUGGUAGGCCCCCUCUUGCUUUUGUCAUUGAUACAGCCCAGUUCAUUGGUGACAUCGCUGUUCCUCUUUCCUUGAUUGUUUUGGGUGCCUCCUUUGCCCGCAUCAGCAUUCCUCACCCUGUGUCGAGGCUGCCGAUUCCAGCAAUGGCGCUGGUCACCUUCGCGAAAACUAUUUUGCUCCCUAUUUUUGGAAUACUGAUAGUUAUGGCAAUGGUUAGAGGUGGCCUGAUUGAUCACAGUGCCAAGGUUGAGAAAUUCGUGGCCAUGCUCUUGAGCGGCACGCCAUCUGGUCCAAACCAGUUGAUUGUAGCGAGCCUGUAUGCUCCCGAAGGAAAUGUAGAUAUACCAGCGGCAUUCUUGCUCGUUCAAUACACUUUUAUGUUCCUGUCAUCUUCUGCUUUGACAGCAGUUGCCCUACUACUUUCAUGAAUCUGGGCAUUUAUGAUUCGAUAUCUUGAAUACGUGUUGCCUUGAAUGUCAAUUACGCUUAACAGCGAGGCCUGCUCUUAGCCUAAUUAAUCACUACGUGAAGCAACAUGCCUUAAUUGCUCCGUGUGUUUUGUGAUAUCCUCGGAUCUGUACGUGACAGCCUAUCAACGUAGUAUGAUACAGCUGUAGAUACACUUCCUUCUCCGAACACGUUCAUUCAAGUUGUCAAGAAACCGAGCUCACUUGC